AAAUCAGAUGUCUGCUCAAAAGCUAUACGCAUCGCAUGUUCCCUUGGCACCGCUGUCUCGGAUGCUUCUCGGGAUUGGAUCAGCAGUAACAGCGAUCUCGGAUCCAAAAAGAGGAGAUAUGGUGGCAGCGAUGGGCGAAACUACUGCAAUUGGACCAGUUUUAGAAAAUAUUCGAAAAAGAAUGGAAUCUGAUGUUGUUGGAAAGCGACUUCUUCUCGAAAAACCAAGAAUUUCAAAUGGAACAAUUGAUAGAAAGUGGCUAAGACAGUUACCGGAUGGAACAUUAGGAAAAUUGUAUUCAAACUUUCUCGAUCGUUUGAACACAUCUCCAGAUGCUCGGCCCACUGUCAAGUAUAUCGAUAAUUUGGAGCAUCUUUAUGUUAUGCAAAGGUAUCGCGAAACACACGACUUCACCCACAUCGCAUUGGAGCAGAAAACGAACAUGCUCGGCGAGGUAACAGUCAAAUAUUUCGAAGGAAUUCAAUAUGGGCUUCCAAUGUGUGUCACUGGUGGAAUAUUUGGAGGUGCCAGGCUUUUAACAAAAAAUCGCCAAGAACUUGUCGACCGGAACCUCCCUUGGGUUGUGGAGCAGGCCACGAAUGCACGAUUCUUCAUGGCUUUCGACUGGGAAAAUCACUUUGAAAAGCAGCUCAGCGAGGUGCAGAAGGAGCUAAAUAUAACGCCAUUAUCUGUGAAUAUGUGAUAUAGAUUUGAUCUUGAAUUUCUCAGUGAUAAUGAAAAAAUGAAUUAAUU